GAGACAGUCAACAACCCCGCUCUCCCAUAUGAAUACAACUAAGAUAUUUAUUUUCCUCAACAACACUCAGCCUAUGGCAAAGCUCUCAUGGUUCUUUCAGUUCUGGAUUUAGAUUCAGGGUGGGGUCCACUUCACUCAGGAACCCAGUUUGUUGAGUCGAAGGGGAAGGACGUUAUACUUCUGCUAGUUUCAUUUAUCAGGAAGCAACGAUGGAUGCUGGGCCGAAUGACCGCGUUCCUGUAGAGUUCCUGAGAGUUAAUGAACCUUUCAGAGAAAACGCCUUUCUACUUAUUGAUAUGAUGUUAAAAAUGGCUCCAAAAACCCGAGAAAACACUUCACAACUGGUGGAUGAGAUUCUUCACAGCAUUUUCUUUAUGGGGAUGAUUCAUACAAGACCAUUUUCCCCCGGAGAAAUUUUCGCUGGUCACGAUGAGAUGUUGGCAGAAGUACAGAACACCUACCCCGAGCCUUUCAGACGGUAUUUCCGUCGCCUGCCAAGACGGAGUCCGUUUUCAUGUGUGCUGGACAUGGUUGUUUCUUGGCGGGGUCAGGAGAAUGAAGAAGACAUAAGAACGAGGCUGCAAGCAAUAAAAAAUAGGUUGAUCCAAGACUAUUUAGGAAGAAGACCGUUGUCCUCCGCCAUGCUCUGCGUCUCUCGUGUUAUUGACCAAAACGAGUCGAAGAGGCACUACGGAGUCUCCAUGUCCGCCCCCUGGUAUCCUUCACGCCAAAUCCUGAUUGCUGCCUCCUGUUUUAGCUUCUGGAAUGAAUUUGUAGCCGAUGCUGUGAUGACCUUCUAUCCUGAAAAAGUGAGGAGGGAAAAUUUUGAUGGCACCUUCUGGUUGGAGCCACGUGUAAACUGUCAGGCCUUUGACAUCAGCUGGGGACAAAGAAGGAGCCCUUGCCUUUCUUGUCAUAAUAUGUUUGGCUUGACCACGAUUGACACACGGGAGUACCCCUAUGGCAACUGUGCUGAAGCAGAAAGUUUAAGCAAACUGCUUACAGAGGGAGAAGCUAGAAUGAGAGUAAAAAGAUCUGCAACCUGGAAUGAAGAAAACAGGGUAAGGGUUAGACAGGAAGUUCGCAGCUAUCUUGUGCGUUUACUGAGGAAUGUGAAUGGCUUUGAAUGGGAUAAUAAUUAUUACACUCCACAAAGGGCCAGACUUUAAAGUGGAGAUGGUUUAACUGUAAAAUCCUACUCAAUCUCUGUGACAUGUCUUAUGUCAAUGGUUUGGAAGUAGAAAAUAUUUUUUCGUGAUUUGUUUCUGCAAAAUAUGGGACAACAUUUUUGAAAAGUAAUAUUACUGAGUUUAAAAUGAGACCUAAUGAGCAUCUUUAGCCUCAUUUUACAAUGACAUGUGCCUUUUAUCUAACAUAAACUCAGCUGUUGGACCGUCAUUGCUGUUGUAGGUCCUAAAAUGUAAAAUAACUUUAAUUCAAGCUUUAAACAGAGAGCUUUUUUUCUCUAUCUGUAAAUCUGUCUUUUUCUCGCUUUGACUCUCUGACCCCUUUUGUGAUGGCUUUAUUUUGUGUUAAUUGUUAGUAGGUCUGUGCUUAAUGUAUGGCUGUUGCCAACCUAUUUAGGUAUUUGUCUCUCUACCUUCUCUUGUAAUGUAUGCCAUGUGCCUCCUGUUAGUUUUGAGUUAUUUCCUUUUGUUUCUUUCCAGCUCUUUGGGACAGUGCUGUUGUUUAAAGAGCGUCUCUAAUAAAGCUGGAUUGGGCUUUGUUGGAGAUGAGCGAUAGUAAUUAUAUGUCAUACUGUAAAUCUAUCUAUUGCAAAAUUCAAUAAACCUUUUAUGACUUCUUUU